AUGGCAUCCGCGUUAUGUAUCAGGUGGGUGGUGCAAUUCACAUCAGUGUUGGCGUGGGUCCUCUUUGUUCCGGUCAACAACCAACUAACGCCAACACUAGUUCCAACUUGUCCCACGCAAUGCAUCUGCCUAUCACAAUCGCAGGUUGUGUGCAACAGUGCAAGUUUACGCGGCGUUCCGUCAGCACUGAGUCCGAAUGUAAUGCAGUUAUCGCUGUCGCGGGCAGAUCUUCGUGUCCUACGCUCUGAUGCGUUCUCUCAUCUCCGACAACUGCGGCGGCUGUCUCUCGACGCCUGUAACCUCACGCGCAUACGUCCUUUUGCCUUCCGAGGCCUGCCACGCCUGGAUGAACUCUACAUACAACACACGCCGCUCGCUACAGUCGAUGCGUUUGCAUUCGCCGCGCUCCAGAAUAUAUCGUCAAUUGUUUUAUCGCAUAAUCGAAUAGCGCAAAUUGAGGGCUAUGCGUUUGCUGGAACCAAUUUUAUAAAGCUCAUUUCACUUAAGAAUAACCCUAUAAAACGAAUACUAGCACAUGCAUUUUCCGGUCUCAACGAUGUAACUCAAAUAGAAUUACCGUCUGGAGUUAAGUCAAUUGAGCCGAAGGCUUUCUUCGGCCUAGAGGGCGUGGGUGUUUUAGAACUGGCUUACAUGGAUUUACCAGCACUGCUGCCCGAUACGUUUUUUGGAUUAACUCGUGUCGGUCGGCUGGCUUUGCGUGAAUCUGAUCUUGGGGUUAUGCGCGUCGGGGCUUUCGAAGGUUUAAGACACGUAGAGGUUUUGGAGAUAUGUAACAACAAAAUUGACGGUGUGGAAGAGCUAGCCUUGAUACAUAAUAAUAGCGUCCAAACUUUUAAAUUGACAGGCAAUCAUAUGCUCGAAGCGCCAGAAUCUGUGGUUCUCGAAGUAGAAAAUUUAAUAAUACGCGGGAAUCACCUGCCAUGUGAGUGCGGGCGUGACCCUCUGGCGAAUGCGUUGGCUCUGACGCCUGACUUUGCGGAGGAGAAUUUGUGUAUAUCUCCGUUGAAGGUGCGCGGGCGCAGUUUGUCUAGCGCUGCGGGAGCUGUAUGCCGUGGUGAGGGAACGGGGAGCGCGCGCGCCCGGGCUGCAGCAGGAGCGAGUCCACUGGGUGACUCAUUCGAACACUCUCUUGCCGUAAUUAUUGCCGUGAUAGCUUUCCUUGCCAACAGUUAG